UGCGACCAGUGCGGAGUGGCACGACUCUCUCCACUGCUGGAUGAGUGCCGCGCCGAUCGUGGUGGCUCGGGGUGGUGGUGGCGGCGCGACCAUACUUCACCGCGCUGGUCAAUGCGGGUCGAUGUGAACGAGGGGAGAAGAGACGUGGGAGCGUACACAAUACGUUUAUAGGACAAACAUUGUCAAUAGUGGAACUUCUCCCCCGCUCGUGAAAUGGAGACCAAAGUGGAGACCAACGUGGAGACCAGUGUGGACACCAACCUGGAGACCAACGUGGACACCAACGUGGAGACCAAGGCGGAGGAGACCAGGGAUGAGACUCGGGGAGGAGAGACUGGAGGUCGCGGAGACUAUGAAGAGGAGCGACGAGGUGAUGGGGAUGGAGAAGCUGCUGGUGGCAAAGUUCAUGAAGAUGCCAAACGAGACCGUGAUGAGGAGGAGAAUGAUGACGAUGAUGACGAGGAGGAUGAGGAGGAGGACGAUGACGAGGAGGACGAGGAGAAAAUGAGCCACACGCAGUUCCUCGAUGUCUUCCAGGAGGGCAUGGCCAGGAUCCUCCAGGACCCCCUGCUGUGCGACCUCCCCGUGGGGGUGACGCUGGAGGAGAUUCGGUCCCAGAUCGCCCUGGAGCACGGCCGCGCCAUGACGGUGCGGGUCGUGCGCGGAGACGGCGAUAUCCUGCCGGUCGUCGUGCAGCAGGAUGCGUCGGUGCUCGACCUGAAAAAGGCGCUGCGGCGCCACAUGCAGCUGAAGAUGGAGCGCGAGUCUCGAACGCGCCUUGUCAGCUGGAGGUACGUGUGGAGGACCUACCACCUGGUGUUUGAGGGGCACCAGCUGCUCGAUGAUUCCAAGCUGCUCAAGGACUACGGCAUCCGGAACCGCGACGAGGUGACCUUCGGCAAGACGCUGCGCAAACGGUAGCCGACCAUCGCCGACCCAAGUCGCCGGGUCUGACACCGCGGCAUCUUGGUGUUGACGUUUGUCGCCGCUGCGAUGUCUCUGGAGGAGACCGGGAACUCAAAGGGAAAGGGGAACUGGUGACCCUGGGAGGAGAUCGGAUACCGAUAACCUUUAUUUCAUACCAUCUGAGAACCUAUUUGAGAACGAGAUAUUUGUUUCAGGGGAGGUCAAGGAACCUGGGAGGAAUCCGUAGGCCCUGAGAUGAGCUCAUGGAGAUCAGGGCUGUAUUAUUGAGCAGAUGGGGACCCAGGGCAGAGUACACGGUUGAGACCAGCAGUCCGGGAAAAUCUGGGAGAUCAGGGAUACCCAGGAGAAGGCUGAGACCGAGAGAGAGAAUAUCGAGGCCCUAGAGGAAAAAGGCCCCUUACCCAAUAUUUCAAUUUGUCGGCGAACACGCGUCUAACCAGGCCACCCACAGGUGGAAUGGUUUAUUUUUACAGUUGUGUUAUUGUUCACGUCGGAUUUUAUGUUUAAGUUCUGGUUGUUGCGACUACGGCAUUUUAAGAUGGUAAUUGCGAUGGCGUUUUCUGCUGGCGUGAAGUAAAGAAAUAAAAUUUCCCCCCGCUUCCCUGAGA